UCAGAAGACCUCCAUCGUUUGAUGCCAAACAGCGUCGCCAGCACCAAGACAAUCAUGCCUGUGCCCAAGAAAGCAGGGAGAAAAAACAGUAAUGCUGUAGAAGAAAAGCUGCCGCCAUAUGAGCCAAACAUCCCUGAACCAACCACCAGGGCCGACUUCAUGAAACACUGGCUCCCCCUCUCCCUGGAUGAUAAAACUGCACAGAAGCUGUUGUGGAUUUCAGAGGGUGGCCUGAAGGUGGCUCGCACAUCAGAUGCAGUCUGUCCGUAUCCCAACAGACCCGAGAGAUACGAUCACUCACCACAGGUGCUGUGUAAGGAGAGCCUGCUGGGCUAUCGGGGGUACUGGGAGGUGGACUACGACGGCUGGGUGGUGAUCGGGUUGGUCUGCGAGAGCGCCCCCAGGAAGAGCCAGGACGGGGCCUGUGGCCUCGGGGAGAACAGCGGCUCCUGGGGCGCCGGCUGGUCUGGAUCCUGCUACCAGGUCUGGCACAACAGUGACAACGUGGACGUCCCGCUGCCCGCCGGCUCCACUGUUGGUGUCUACGUGGACCAGCCCGCCGGCAUCAUUAAGUUCCUCCUGGUGGAGGGGGAGGCCGAGAAGGAGGUGCGGCUGAUUCACAAGUUCAAGGCCAACGUCCAGGAGAAGAUCUUCCCCGCCUUCUGGGUGGGAAUGAAUUCGUUCUGCCUCAUUCGGAAAAAGGAUCAGUGACACAGUAAUGGGAUGAGGGGUUGAGUAGUGUAAAUUUAAAAAGGUGUCAGGAGGAAGGUUAAAGCUUUGGGAAGUUUGGGGAUCAAAUGUUAGAGCACGUUGGGACAUCUUUGUAGAUUGUAUCUGCCUUCUGUGGUGCAUGAAGAAAGAUGAUUGAUUUCAAGAAAAUAUCCACAGAUGCCCAAUUUGUUUGUUUUCCGUAAUAUGGUGUAUCUAUUUAUUGUAUUUAAUCUAGAAACGUAGGGGAAGUUUAGUAUGUUUUUAUUACAUGAGGGGCUUUGCAUGAACUAGAGAGCCUUCGAGUCUGUAUCUUUUAUAAUGUGUAGUCAAUAAAUUCUACUGUUGUCUCAUAACA